UUAAUUCCUCCACUACUGUAGUUGUGAAAUUAUCAAGAGUGUAUGCAUCUUGUGUAGUGCAACAAUAAAUUUGGGAUUCCCUGAGAUGGAAGUUUGAAUUAGAUAUAGCAAUAGUGGGGAGGGAGAGAGAGAUGCCGAAGCGAACGACGCAUACGUAUUCGAGCGAGGACGCUUUGCCGGAGGGCCCCGACUCCGAUCUCUUCGUUUACUACUGCAAACCUUGCGGCUCUCAUGUCCUCAUCACCGAUACACAAUUGCAGAAAAUGCCCAAAAGAAAAACAGACAAUGCAUAUGUUUUGGACAGGAAGAAACAUCUUGCCAGGCUGAAUACUAGCGAAGCAGGAAAGGUCCUCUUAAAGCGUGGUGAAGGGAAAGUGGAGAGGCAGUAUCGAAUGAAUUGUGUGGGUUGUGAGCUUUUUGUUUGCUAUCGUGCAGAAGAAGACCUGGAGUCUGCCUCAUACAUAUAUGUAGUUGAUGGUGCACUCAGUACAAUUGCUGCUGAAACUAAUCCACAGGAUGCUCCUGUUCCACCUUGCAUAUCACAAUUGGAAGGGGGCCUUGUGCAAGUAGCCAUAGAAGUGGAAGACCGUGCACAACGUUCUGCAAUCACGAGAGUGAAUGCUGAUGACGUUCGAGUGACUGUAGCUGCAGUUGCUGCUCGAGGAGAAGCUAACAAUGAGCUUUUGGAAUUCAUGGGGAAGGUUUUGGGUCUAAAAUUAAGCCAGAUGACACUUCAACGAGGGUGGAAUAACAAAUCAAAGCUCCUGGUGGUGGAAGAUUUGACAGCCAGGCAGGUCUACGAGAAGCUUCUCGAAGCUGCACAACCAUGAUACUUCUCGACCAUUUGCAAAACGUUGACUCAUUGGUGUCACCUGACUCAAUAGCUUGCCGACUUGCUGCAAGUUUUAGUACAGUUCUUGAACUGUUGAUGUUUCCCCUCUUUUUUCUCACUGUAAGAGGCUCUUGUGUGUGUAAUUCCCCCCUCCUCUUUCUGUUUUGCUAAGAAUGAUCUGUUUCAAACCCAAGAAUUUUGCCCAUGGAAUUCUCAGCUCUCAAAUUCAGUAGGAGUAUUAAUAAUAAGUUUCAUUUUGAUCAUAAA